AUGUUACCCAAUGCAGCUACCGUCACAUGGAGUGCUGAUAGCGCUGAUCGGCUUGUCCUCUCAUUUGAAAGGAAAUCCAACAGCCACAGGUUCACCGCAGCUGCCACAACUACACAGCCACGUCCCAGAAGACCGAGCCCAUUCCAUGCUGACGCUGACAUGAGGUGGAGCUGGCUUCGCGAGCUGACCUUGCUGGAUACAGGGCUGAGUGAGCCCAAGGGCUACUACGAACUUAGAGGCCUCUGA